AUGUUCCCAACUCUUGGCCACUGUUCAUACUGGUCUGUCUCGCACCAGCGUCUCUCGGACUCGCAUGAGCAAACAUUAUCAUUCAGCUUCCCAGACCUCGUCAACACGAGUCACCUUCUCCACCUCCGGAUACGCCGUUUCAUGCCUCCAUACUGUCGGUGGACACGCCCAUUGCUAAGUAAGUUCAACCACGCCAAGAGGCACGACUCGCUGGCAACACACCUCCGCCAGUUUUUCUAG